CUAAAAGUGACACGUGUUUAUAAUCUCUAAACGUUAUGCUACUUAAAUUUUUUUAGUUUCAUGUCAUAAUCAAGAAUAAAUAUUUAUUCAGUUAUACAUCGUGUCUCUAUUUUAAUGUGUAAACAAAAUUUUCAAUGAGUUUGUUAUGAUCUUGAGUUUUAAACUCAAUGCCAAACCAAAAAUAGUUAAGUGUCGAAUAUGUUUGCCGGAUCGACCUUUUUGUAUCUCAUCGGCAUCUUUUAUUCGGCGAGAUUAACGCUGCAAGCUUCGUCGCCAACAUCGAAUUAUUACAUAGGUGCCGUAGUCGAGUAUCAUCCCGUUACUAAGGGUGAUAAUGGCACUGCCAUUGCAAACGAAAAUGCGAAAAAUUUUAUGACAUUUUUAAAGACAGCAAGUGAAAAUGAAGUUGAUAUAAUUGUUUUUCCGGAGAAUGCACUUUUUAGUGGCAAAUCAAAUCCAAUUGAUGAACGAAGUAAUUAUUUACCACACAGUACAUAUUUACCUCAUCCUAAAGAAUCUAAAGUUCCAUGUCAUGACACCUCAUCAAAUGUUAUGGAGGCUGUGAAGGCCAUGUCUUGUGCGGCAAAACGUCAUGCUAUGUACAUUGUAAUAAAUGUACGUGAAAAAGAAAAGUGUAGCGGUGAAAAUUGCUCCAAGGACGGUCACAAUCUAUACAAUACCAAUAUAGUGUUUGAUAGAACCGGUGCUCUAAUAGCUAAAUACAGAAAAUGGAAUUUGUUUGGCGAGCUCAGUAUGAACAGAACAUCUAAGCCAGAUAUAUCAACUUUCCGCACUGAUUUUGACGUUAAUUUCGGCCAAUUUAUAUGCUUCGAUAUACUCUUUGGUACACCAGCGGUAAAACUUGUUCGUGAUAAGAAAGUAACUGAUAUCAUUUUUUCGAGCCAUUGGUUUUCUGAGCUGCCAUUUUUGACGGCGAAUCAAAUUCAAACUGGAUGGUCAUUCACUCAUAAUGUUAAUUUUCUUGGCUCGGGUUACAAUGCGCCGUCAACUGGUAGCGGUGGUACCGGUAUAUAUGCUGGAAAAGAUGGUCACUUUGCACGUGUCUGGAGUGAAAAAUCAGCAAAUGCACUUAUCGUUGCUAAAAUACCUAAAAUAAUAAAUGGCCAACGUACACAGCCAAUUAAUCCUAAUGAUGCAAUGGUAUUUUUCUACUCAAUAACUGAAAUUCCUACUAUUAAUCAACAAGAGUCUGUACCACAACAACAUCUUAAAACUGAUGAUCUUUCACCCUACACUACUGAACUUUUUCAACCCACUAAUGGAACACACAAUUUAACUCUUUGUAAUAAUGAUUUGUGCUGCAAUUUUACUACCGAGACUGUACAUCAUGACAAUUUGGUCAAAGGUGCUGCUAAAUAUUACAGAUAUCGCUUUGCUGUGUUCAAUGGCGUAAGAUCAUUUUCAAACUUCGCUACCGGAGGUGUGGAAGUUUGCAGUGUAAUUUCAUGCCUCGAUGACAAUCCAACAAGUUGUAAUCAGAGAUUCGACACCAAUACUAUUAUUGUUCAUCCGACCACAUUUAAUUCAAUUGUCAUUUCAAGUAUCACCAAAGAUUCUACAAAUAUAACACGUUUUCCAUUGAGUAUAAAUACCGAACUUCACCCGCUAAAUGUCACCGACUUUACAUUUGUCAGUAAUAAAAUAAAUGCAACUCACGUUAAUUUAAAAUAUACUUUGACAAAACCGCGUAAAGAUUUAAUGACUUUUGCUAUCUAUGGAAGAAAUUUAACAGCCGACGGUUUGCCUAAAACUACGUCAGCUUCAUCUAAAAUAAUUACACCGGUUUAUUUAUUGUCAAUUACUUUUAUUAUUUUAGCCGUAGGUAAUAACGAAAUAAAUUCGUUAUUAAGUUUUGUGUAAAAUAUUAUAUUAUAAAUAAUUUAAAAAUCAAAUUUAAAAAUAGAAAUCCUGCCCAAGAAUUUCCCUAAAUAAUUAUUAAAUAAUUAAAGGGAUUAAAUUUAUUAAAAUAUAAAAUAGCUUGAUAAUUUAAAUAAAUAUGUUAUCUUACACAGAAAAAAUAAUUUAUUGGCGCGAAAAAAGUUUUACUGAACACAAAAAAUUUUUUUGAAUUAUGAAUUUAAAAUAAAAACUGUUUUUGGGGGAAGAAAAAAUUUACUGGAAUGAAAAAGUUUUUUUUGCUUGAAGAAAAUUUUUAUUUUCAAUUCAUGAUGAAAAAUUUUUCUUGCGGCAAGACAUUAUUUUUUUGUGUACCAGUCAUUGUUUCGGUUUAUAUGAAAUAAUAAUAAUAAUAAUAAUUGAUUUAUUUGCCACUAAAUUUCUUAAGUACUUGAGUUAUUAUUGUUGUAUUACGUGAUAUGACUGUACUGUAAACUGUAAAAUCUUACGUCUAUUUUUUCUCAUAGUAUUAAAAGUACACACAGCUAUAGCUUUCGCUCUGUUUUAGACUACACGUUAAUCCCAUGGAUAGUUUAUGAAAAAAUAAAAAAUACCGUAUUGCAUUAUAGGGAAAAAUAAAAAAGUGCUUUAUAGAGUUUUAAAAAGCUCUCAGGCUUGUAAGUCAGUUCAAUAGGACCAGAGGAUUUAAUGAGUAAGAUAAUCGUCCCAUGUCAUUAAUGCUCUAUUAAAAACAAAAUAAAAAAUCAAAUGAAGUCACUAAUGCAAAAAAUUAAAGGAACAGAAAAAUUUUAUAAAUCUUUUAGUAAUUUUUGAAAAUUUUAUUUUUUUUUCUCUACCUUACAUUUAAAGAAAAAAAAAAAUUUACAAAAAAUUACUUUUCUUUAAAUGUUCAAAAAAAUUGUUUUUUUAUUUUUUUUUUCAUUUAAUGGGUAACUGGCGCGAAAUUGGAAGAAAAAUCGAAAAAAAAAAAUUCCAAAAAAAAUUUCAACAAAUUUAAAAAAAAGUCAAUUUUUUUUUUGUUUUUUUACAUUUGUCUGAGUAACUGAUGCAAAAAUAGAAAAAAAAUAAUUUUUUAAUUUUGAUGAUCAAUUACACAAUUGAAGGAACAAAACUUCCUUUGAUUAUUUUGAAAAACUUUGAUCAAUCACCCGGUAAAAACGGUUCGAUGGAUCAAUUUGAAAAUUUGCAGGAUUAUUGAAGGCACAUUAAGCUAAAAAAAAAACUGGCAAUAUUCGUCUAUCCAUCAAUAUUUACAAAGAAGCGGUUGAUUUACUGGAAAACCAAAAAAGGGAAUUUAUUAAAGUUUUUAAAGCCGCUUUCCAAUUUAGUGUGCGAUCUUUGGUAGCUGAGAUAUCGAUAAUCGAAGCCAAAAAAAUCCUUUUUCAUUUGAAGGCUGAUAUCUCGACAAAUUGUCGUACAGAGACAAAAAAUUUGCUAACUGACCUAUGAUUGGCUUAGCUGAAAAAAAAAUUAACUUUGCCCGUGGAUCAUAAAAAUUUUUGUCUCGCGCUAUUUCUCAUGAUAACCGCAGCUCUAAAAAAAAUUGAUUAAAAAAUCUCGAUACGAUAAUUUUUUACGAAGAUACAGCCUUCAAAAAAUGACUAAAAAAUUUUCCUGUUCCUUUAAUUUUUUGCAUUAGUGUAUAUUUAUUAAUAUUAAUAUUAUAUUUAAGAUAUAUUUUUAUUAUUGAUGUAUAUUUUAGUAAAUCAAAAUAAUUCAUGUUAACUAAUUUGUUACCAAUAAUUACUAUAAAUUUUAUCAAAAUGUAUUUUAAUGUUCAAAUUUUCAGAUGAUGAGUUUCAGUAUCUGAUCUCUGAAAUAUUUUAAAUCAAAAUAUUUUUUUUAUUUUUUUAUAUUUCUUUUUUUUGUUACUUAAUAAAAAAAAAUUUUUUAGUUGCUAAAGUUUUGUACUGGAAUUUAUUUAAAAUAUUAUUUUAAUCAGUACUACAAUAAAUACUAAAAAUAAAAAAAUUUAUCGAAUGUCGUUCGUAUGAAUAUUAAAAAAAAAAGCCUUCCCAAUUUUUUUUUAAUGUAAUUAAUAAAAAAAAAAAAUUAUGUAUGCCGAUUUAAAAAUAAUAGUAAUAAUAAUAAUAAGUAUCGUUAUUAUAUUAAUUAACAAUAUAAAUAUGAAUAAAAGAGCUUGUUUAGAUGUUAUUACUUUUAAUUAUUAAAAUCAUCAGGUCACAAUUAAUACAUUUAAUUAUAAACAAAAAAAUAUAAUUAACAACAACGAAAAAAACAAAAAAAAAUAGAAUGGUUAUCGCGUGAGUUACCUGUAUAUAGAGUUUAGUAUCUUAUGUAAACUGUUAAAUAAAUGAGUUUCAAUAAAAUAUUAACUCUACGAGUUAAUCAAUAUAAUGAUUAAUAUAAAA